AUGAAGCGGGGCGCACACGCCACGAUCGAUAUCGAUGAUGAGACGAGGAUGCAGCUGCGGCCGGAGCUUCUGGCCACUUCGCGGGGCUCGAAGGCGAGCGUCGCCCGCAUCCUGCAGACGCUGAAUAGGAAAGGCAUGCUUAGGGACGAGGAGCUCGGAGGACGAGAUGAGCUACGCCAGUGCAGGAUAGCAGCGGAGAUGCAUGGCCGCGCGAGGACGCCAUACGGACCUGUUGUGCAGACUCUGGAUGUCCCAGGCAUCGGGCCGAGGGAAUAUGCACACCCAUUUGCGUCUCUGCACUAUAUGUCGACUAUCAGCGAAAAGUUUGCCAAUAUGCUGCCUGCUGCGCUCGACAAGGCACCUCUGUUUACUUGUAGCUUGGUGUUUUACGGUGACGAGGCUGGUUUUGCCCGGGCGGGGUUCACCAGGCUGGCGGAGAGAAUUCCCGGGGGGGCGAGCGCCCUCUUGAAGCAGAUUCUCGUCGCCAUGUUCGUUGACGGGCCUCAUAACUUCACACGCGGCUUUGUAGUUCCCCAUGGGAAUGCCGUGCGGGUGUUUCGUGUUCGCUUGGUCGGUUUUAUGGCUGAUGCAAAAGGCCACAAAGAGUUCUUGGCCAUUAAAGGGGCGGCAGGGCUGAAACCCUGCAUCUCGUGCAUGAACGUGGUGAACUUUAUCCACAAGACUGGCUACGCCGACGGCCAGUACACCGUCGGACUGGACUGCGUAGAUAAAUCGAAGCUCAAGCAGCUGGACGACGACACGUUCUGGAGAAUGCACGAGAUCUUGGCAUCGCAGGUCGGGCAGAUAUCGACGUCGAAGGUGGAGGCGCUCGACACGAAGCUGGGCAUUAGUUAUAAUGAGCAUGGGAUGCUGUGCGAUCCUCGUUUGAGAAGCGUGCUGCGCCCCGUGAGUAAUUACAUCAGGGAUUGGCAGCGCACCCUGGUAUCGCAUGGCGUUGCGGGGCUUCAGAUUGCGGCGCUCGCAUCGUGCUUGAAGAGGUCGAAUAUCGAUAUGCAUGAGAUUGCCGCCUACGCACGCUUGUACAUCCAUCCCAACUUGACCGCGCCACCUCCCAAGCCAGAGUGGUUCACGGAGAGCUUCAGAGCGAACGACCACGUGAAGCUGUUUGCGAGCGACGUUCUCGGACUUUGCCCAUUGUUGCUGGCAUAUUUUCGGGACAGGUGCUCUGGCCGCGCGCCCGCGGACCACGUUCGAUGUUUCGAGCUGUUAACGUUCAUGUUGGGGCUCCUAUCAGGAGAGGACGAUAUGACGGGCGCAUUGCACGCCACGCUUUCGGGGGCCAUUGCAGAGCGCGCGGUACUGCUUCGCCGAUUGUACCAUACGUUUACCAAGGUGAAGUUUCAUCAUUUGGUGCACGUGCCCGACGACCUACUGCGACUGGGUAGGGUGAUUUCGUGCUUUGCGCCAGAACGGAAACACAAAGACGUGAAGACGAGCGUGGUACAUGUUUACAACCAGGUCGAGCACGCGACAACGCUUGGAUAUUUAAACUGUUACGUUCAAGACGUUGUCGAGGGGCGGUUCCAGUUCGACGAGCAGUACAUAUCGACGUCGAAGCGCCGUAAACUCGAUAUUGCAGGCAUCCAGAUGGAUACGUCUACAGCGGCUGCGUUGAAGUGUGGUGGCGCGAAGAGGGGCGACUACGUGCUCAUCCGCACUGGCGGUGCACUUCGUUUAGGUAGAGUUGUGUUGUUCUAUGCGAUGGGCGAUUUCAUCACAGUCCACGCGCGGGAG